AUGUCUUCAAUACGGCGGAGCUGCCAAUCGGCCUUGCUCAGGUCAGACAAUGUCUGUCUGUACGCCAAUAGUUCAAGGCGCGCAUUCUCUCGCACGUCGGUGAGCUCCAGAGGCGCUCUCCCAAACUUCCUCCCACCCUCUAAGCCCGAACUAUCAGAACUCCUCUCCAAGUUCAACGCCAAGGUUCUUCUUCCCUCUCACUUGACGAAAGAACAACGGAAGCUUGUCUACUCGAAAGAAUCCCGCGCAAAACUCGAAGCCGAACCUGUAGAGAUCACCCUGGGAGAUGUCACUCUUCCUCUCGAACACCUCGACCGGAACAGAAUGCCAAACCGCUUUAAGACUUUCAGGACGAUAGUAGCCGAGAGCGAGACUAAGGAGGACUGGGAAAAUGUCGUCAGAUGCUUGGAGGGAUUCGAAGAGGCGGGCAUCAAGGUCGAAAUCGCGUGGCAGGAGCUAGUCGUAAGAAGUUUAAAUCUAGCGGACAUGCAUCAUCUUAUCCUCAAGAUGUUGCAAAGAUCAAAGGCGACAGGCGUGAAGCUGACCGAGUUGGGUGUGCUGCGACAAGUAUUGAGGAGUGUGCACGACAAAGCUGCCUUGUCUGACUGGGCAGAGGAACAGACAGCCAAGAUGUACAAGCAAGCGAAGCAAAUUGUCGAGCUCAUGGAUAAUGAGGAGCACCACAAAGUCCAGAAGCGCGAGGAUCAGCCUUAUCAAGGUGACUGGAGGGGCAGGCCUUCUGUUGUUGCACUGCCGACCGAACUGGCUGCUGUGCUCGCCGAGCGACAUGGCGGAGACAAGGAACAAGUCAAGAAGCUAUCGAACCGUUUGGUAAAUGCGCUCAAGCAAAGUGAUUACACAGCCUGGCUCGACAUGACGUCCUUACGGUCCGGUACUAAAGCCGAUUCAUUCAAAAACGUUACCACACAGUUGUCAUUCAUAAAAACAUACACCCAGGAUCUCCUUGAAGCAAUGAUUGUGUGGAAUGCACUGAAGACAUCUCGCAAAGUACUGGGUGCUGAAAUGCCCAUGGCCGAAGAGGCACAAAAGUUCGAAACUAAGGCAGAGCAAGUCCUGACGGAGGGCAUGCAGUCGUUGGAUGACAUGUCGAAGGACAAGACGGGCAAGUCGCUGAAACCAGCGUUUGUGGAAUACGCCAAGGAUGUGCUUGAGAAAACCAGAUAA